AUGCCUGGACUAACUGCACCUUCUGAUUAUUCACAAGAGCCACCUCGCCACCCUUCCCUUCUCAUUAAUUCCAAGGAGCCCUUCAAUGCUGAACCACACCGUUCAGCUUUGAUUUCGUCUUACAUUACGCCAGCAGAUUUCUUCUAUAAGAGAAAUCAUGGGCCAAUUCCAAUAGUUGAUGACAUAGAGAGAUAUAGUGUUUCUGUAACUGGUCUAAUCGAGAACCGAAAAGAGCUGUACAUGAAAGACAUUUGGAAGCUACCCAAAUAUAAUGUUACUGCCACUUUACAGUGUGCUGGCAAUAGAAGAACUGCCAUGAGCAAAACUCGCAAGGUUAAGGGAGUUGGAUGGGAUAUUUCUGCUAUAGGAAAUGCUAUAUGGGGUGGAGCUAAAUUAGCAGAUGUUCUUGCGCUGAUUGGAAUUCCCAAGUCCUCACGGAUAACACCAUCUGGAGGAAAACAUGUAGAAUUUGUAAGCAUUGACAAGUGUAAGGAAGAAAAUGGAGGCCCUUAUAAAGCAUCAAUUCCAUUAAGUCAGGCCACAAACCCCGAGGCUGAUGUUUUACUUGCUUAUGAGAUGAAUGGAGAGCCUCUUAACAGGGAUCAUGGAUACCCGCUGCGGGUGAUUGUCCCAGGUGUCAUUGGUGCUCGUUCUGUCAAAUGGCUUGAUUCAAUCAAUAUCCUUGCAGAAGAAUGCCAGGGAUUCUUUAUGCAAAGGGAUUAUAAAAUGUUUCCACCUUCAGUUAAUUGGGAUAAUAUCAACUGGUCUACGAGGAGGCCACAAAUGGAUUUUCCUGUCCAGUCUGCAAUAUGUUCUCUGGAAGAUGUAAAUGUGGUAAAACCCGGAAAGAUAACUAUCAAGGGUUAUGCCGUAUCAGGAGGUGGACGUGGCAUAGAGAGAGUUGAUUUGUCCAUCGAUGGUGGCAAAACCUGGAUGGAAGCCUCUAAAUUUCAGAAAGCUGGCUUUCCUUACAUCUCUGACGAUUCAGGUAGCGACAAAUGGGCAUGGGUGCUUUUCGAGGUUGAGGCUGAUAUCCCAUGGAUUGCUGAGAUUGUUGCUAAAGCGGUGGACACAGCUGCAAAUGUGCAACCUGAAGAUGUAGUAGUUAUUUGGAACUUGAGAGGGAUACUGAACACCUCAUGGCACCGAGUUCAUGUUCGGCAAUAUGAUGUUGCUAAGGAAGACACCAACUCAAGGUCCUCGUACUCUUUCAUUACAAUGCUCAGUAGCACGACAGGACUCAUGUACCCGUUCAUUGCCACUGGAAAAUGUGAAUACCAGUCGCAAAAAAGCUGUGCAGAUGUUCAACAAACAAUAAGAGAUAGAAGCAACAUACUAGUUUUAGCAACAUUAGCGUUUCUGCCUACUUGGCUUCCAGAAGCAUCUGCAGGCAGUUUACGGUUCAAAUAUCGAUAA